AUGGAGCCCAAGAUGGACGCCGGGCUGCUAGCAUUAGCAUGUUCUGGCUCUUUCCACGAUCUGGAAUCAUUCCUCAACGGAAAACCAGCCGCCUACACCAUCGGAAGCUCGGCCACCCGGCCACCUUCUCUGUACGCGGUUACAGUUGAAGGUGACACUCUACUCCAUGUGGUCGUUGCUAGCCAUGGCGAGUCUGAGGACUUACUGAACAAAGCCAAUCUCGUCUACGGCAAGGCACCCAGCCUCCUCUUUGUGCAAAACAAUGGGGGAGACACACCCCUGCACUUUGCUGCACGGGGGGGCAACUUGCCAAUGGUGUCUCUUCUCAUUGAUCUUGCCAAUAGUCAGGGCAUUAACAAUGGUAAAGGGCUGCUGGAGACACAAAACAAGCUCAAAGAGACAGCCUUGCAUGAGGCCGUCCGCAUUGAGAACAAUGAUAUGGUCAACUUGCUCAUGACCCAUGCUCCAGAGUUGGCCACCAUUCCUGCUGAAGGUACUUCGCCAUUGUAUCUUGCCAUCUUAAUGGAAAAUAAAAUCGUCGCCAAAACACUCUACGAGUUGAGCAGUGGGGUUCUUCCAUACUCUGGACCGAAUGGACAAAAUGCGUUGCACGUUGCUGUUCAGCGGAGCCAAGCUGACAGAAAGAAAACAGCGAUUGUCGACUAUGCUUGUCGAAACAUAUCGCUGUCAUGGAUUUUGAAUAUACAAGACAAAGAUGGGAAUACUGCACUCCACAUAGCUAUAAGAAAAAGAAGUAUGAGAAUGUUUUGUUCUCUGUUAGGGAAUAGACAAGUACACCUGAAUUUGAUGAAUGAGAAAGGGGAGACUCCAUCAGAUAUAGCACAUCAAAAUCUUCGUAAAGAAAUGGGAUCUAUCAAGGGGGAAAAUGAACCAGAAAUACUCAAUGUACUCAAAUAUAUCGGUGCUAAAAGGGGUAUUUCUCACCAGGGUUUCUUGAAUGAAUAUGAUACUGACCAAGCAAGACAGGAUGAAAUACAUUUCUUGAGUCAAAUGAAAGAGGGGACACAAAGUCGAUGUGCUUGCUCUGUUUUAAUUGCAACCGUGACGUUUGGUGCAAUGUUCACCAUGCCUGGAGGUUAUAGAGAUGAGGAUCACACUCAUGCAGGGUCACCAAUUCUUGCUGGAACGUUUGCUUUUGGUACAUUCUUCAUGGCCAACACAUUUGCCUUUGCUUUCUCAAUCACAGCUACAAUUUUUCUCAUGUUUUCUGGAGAUCCAACGUUGCUCCUAUGUCUGCAGUAG